ACUUCACCCUUUCCAGCGCGUGCGUGCGCAUGCGCGGACCGCGGCGCGCGCGGCAGCUGGGCCGUUGGCUGUUCGGCCCUGGGAUCCGCCGCGUCUCCGCGAGCAGUCGGCUCCGAGCCGCGAGCCGCCGUGAGCACUCGGGUUCGAGCCGGCGCCAACGAGCCCGGGGGCAUCGCCCACAGCGGCCAAGCUCAUGGCCGGCUGAGCGGGACGCCGCCUCCGCCUCAGCCGCCGCCGCCGCCGCCGCCUCCUCCUCCUCAGCCGGCGGCGGCCCGGGCCCAGCAGCCAUGGCCGAAGACUACUGGGACGGGCGCCUGCGGCGAACAGGAGGAGGAGGUCGCGCGGCCUCAGCCCGGGCCGCUGCCCCAGGCGCCGCCACGCCGGCCCCGCGGCUCUGAGGUUGCUCGCGCGCCCCCGCCG